AUGAAUGAGGCUGAUGGUAGAGUAACUGAGGUAAAGAAUGUUCACCGGACUAGUGUAGCAGCCAGUGAUAAAGAAAAUGGAUUAUUUUUUGGAAGCUUCACAAGCUUCCACAAGCAGCCAGUGAUUUUGAACUUGACGGGUUUGGCUGGGAGCCCUGCAUAUGUUGCACCAGAAGUGUUGUUGGGUAGAUACUCAGAAAAGGCGGAUAUAUGGAGUGCUGGAGUGCUCCUGCAUGCUCUGUUGGUUGGUGUUCUUCCAUUUAAAGGGGAUUCACAAGAAGCAGUUUUUGAGGCUAUUAAGAAUUCCAAGCUAGAGUUCCAAACCGGGAUGUGGGAAUCAAUAUCUAAACCUGCACGAGAUCUUGUUGGGAGAAUGCUGACAAGGGAUAUUUCAGCAAGGAUAACAGCUGAUGAAGUACUUAGACAUCCAUGGAUAUCUUUCUACACAGAACGUACAUUGAAGAUCCUGCCCGUUGAAUCAAAGUUGAAGCACCAAAAUGGAGCUGCUUGCCACAACUUUGUUGCUGCACCUGAACCUAGGUUAGGAAGAAACAGGAUGGAUGAUGGGUUCCUUAAUGAGGUUUCAAGCCUUUCUUCAUCAUCUGAAAGUUGCAAUUCAGAAUAUCAUGAUGUUUGUGUGUGGAUUGAUGCACUUGCCAAUGCAAUUUCACAUGUAAGGAUAUCUGAACCAAAGAGGAGCAAGUUGUGGGCAGUUCCAAUUCAUCAGCAAGGUUUAUAUAACAUGAGGGCUAACCUCUGUAAAGCAUUUUGA